CUCUUCAAGAUAAUAAUUCUAUCGUUCCAUGGGUUGCCUUUUUUCAACAUUUAGUUGAAAAAGAUAUACCUGGAGAAAUUAUUCCAAAUGAUCUUGAAGACCGACAAAAAUUUAUUUGGUUUAAAGCUCAAAGAUGGUCUUGUCAAAAUUUAAAUCGUCUUUUUCAAAGAUAUGGAAAUCCUGCUCAACUUGUUUCUUCUUCCACAAAAUAUGCCGCUUUUUCGGAAAAUUUUAUACAUCAUUUUGGUCCUCAAAUAUUACAUACUUAUUUACGAAAAACUGAAAAAUGGAUUAAGAAGGAAACGUUAGUGUCUCAAUAUUUAUUCCCUCAAUUAUGCUUUUCUGAUGAAGAUGAACAAUUGUGGGCAGAAGAUCCAGUUGAUUAUAUUCAUAAAAAAAUGGAUCCAUUAGAAGAUUUCAGUUCUCAUACAGCAGCAGCUAUAUCUCUCCUUAUUGACCUAGCAAAACUUCGAAAAAAAUUUACUUUUAUGGGAAUAAUGGGAUUUAUUAAUAAUAUUUUGGCUACUUAUCAUGAUGCUCCUACUGAUGCUAAAAAUCCACGUCAUAAAGAUGGUGCUUUGAAAAUGAUUGGAUGUCUUAGUGAUUUGGUUAUGCGUAAAAAAUCGGGUGUUGCUCAUCUUAUGGAAGGUUUCCUUACUACUCAUGUGUUUCCUGAAUUUCAAAGUCCAUAUCCAUUUUUAAGAGCUAGGGCAUGUGAUAUGAUGAUCAAGUUUGAUAGUUUGGAUUUUGAACAAGAAUCAAAUCUAGGAAUAGCAUUUCAAGGAAUUACCAAUUGUAUGAGUGAUGAGGAACUACCAGUAAAAGUUCAAGCUUGUUUAGCUUUGCAAAGCAUGAUACGACAUGAAACAGUAAAAGCCGCGCUAAUUCCUAACAUACCAAUGGUUAUGCAACAACUUCUCGAUCUAACCAAUCAAAUUGAUACUGAUACACUUGCGAAUGUAAUGGAGGAGUUUGUUGAAGUCUUUUCCAAUGAAUUAAGUCCUUUCGCUACUCAAUUAUGUGAACAAUUAAAUGCUCCCGCAGUUCCUGGAAGUGAAGAUAUUUAUGAUAAUUCAUAUGAAUGUGGUGAAAAAACCAUGGCUGCUGCAGGUGUUCUCAAGACAAUAACUACCUUAAUUCUUAGUUUGGAAAGUACACCAGAAAUUUUAUCUCAAUUAGAGAAUAUAUUAUUACCUAUUAUCACAUUUACGUUAGAAAAUACAAUUACAGAAAUGCUUCCUUCUUUGGACAAUUAUAUAUCCUACGGUACCGAGAUAUUUGUACAUAAUGCUGAUUUGCACACUAGAAUAUAUGAUGUUAUUGAAACAGUAAUGAUCUAA